CAGGCGAGGGAGCGCCACGAGGCAAAGCAGCCCAAGUGGCUGGUAGGGGCACCGGCUGGCAGCGUCGCGGCUCCUCUCGUCCCUGAAAGGGCGGAGACCUUUCAGAGGGCCACUUUUUUGCUCUCUGUUUUGCUGUGCUUCGGCGCGAACCUUUUGGCGCGCCCUCCCUUCCCCUCCGCCCAUGUCUCGGCUUCUUUGCUACGUCCUGGGUAGAUGGAAGGAGGGAGGAGAGGGGGAGAAAGAGGAGCGGGAAGGAGGGGAAGCCGCUGCUCGGGCGCGGCGGGGGGGAGGCAGUGUUCGACUGCGUCUGUCUCUUGCUGCCCCCUGAGCCCGUCGGGUGGAGCAUGAAGCACCAUGGUGUGGUGCGACCGUGGGAUCCAGAUGCUGCUGACCACGGUGGGUGCCUUCGCCGCCUUCAGUCUCAUGACCAUCGCUAUCGGCACCGACUAUUGGCUCUACUCGAGCGCCAACCUCUGCAACGGGACCAAUGUCACCGCCACGGACGAGACGGCGCAAAGCCAACCGAAAAAAGUGAAGGGCGACCUCACCCACUCCGGCCUCUGGAGGUUCUGCUGUAUUGAAGGGAUAUACAAGGGACACUGUUUUCGAAUCAACCAUUUCCCUGAAGACAACGACUAUGAUCACGACAGCUCUGAAUACCUUCUCCGUAUAGUACGUGCCUCCAGUGUGUUUCCCAUCCUAAGCACAAUCUUGCUCUUACUGGGAGGGCUCUGCAUUGGAGCUGGGAGGAUCUACAGCAGCAAGAACAACAUUAUCCUUAGUGCUGGGAUUCUUUUUGUAGCAGCAGGAUUAAGUAACAUAAUAGGAAUUAUUGUCUACAUCUCCAGCAAUGCAGGUGAUCCUAGUGACAAGCGGGAUGAGGAUAAAAAGAACCAAUACAGUUAUGGCUGGUCUUUUUAUUUUGGAGCCUUGUCUUUUAUUGUGGCAGAAACAGUUGGUGUCCUAGCUGUGAACAUUUAUAUUGACAAAAACAAAGAGCUGAGGUUUAAGACCAAGAAGCAGUUCCUUAAGACUUCGUCCGCUUCUCCUUAUGCAAGGAUGCCAAGCUACAGAUACAGGAGAAGGCGGUCCAGAUCCAGUUCUCGAUCAACAGAGCCUUCUCCAUCCAGGGAUGUUUCUCCGGUUGGUAUGAAAAUGGCAGGUUCUCUUCCUAUGAAUGAAAUCUCCAUGUACACCCUCUCCAGGGAACCCUUGAAGGUCACAACGGCAGCGAGUUACAAUAUGGAACAAGAUGCUGGCUUUUUUCAAGUCCACAAUUUCCUUCAAAAGGAAUUCAAAGAGGGACUUCAUAUCAAUAUGGUCAACAGGAGAACAACACCUGUUUGAAGGGAUUUCUUUGUUUUUCUGAAACAAAACAGAGGAAGCAAAAUCCAGAUCUUUUAUACUGUAUGUGAAAAGCAGGUAUUUUGAAAAUGCUCUUGUGUACUUCAGGAAUAAAAAUCCCACAGUGAAGUUGCAGACAGAGACAU